UUCUCCUUGCUGUGUCGGAGACGCAAAUUACAGAGCCGAGCUGGCAGGUAAGGAGGGGCUCAGGAACGGGGGCUGAAGGCGAGGUCAGGAUGAAGGUUUGGGAGUCUUUGCCUCGAAGACUGAUCUCCGAGACAGUCUAGGAGAGCGCAAACCCCCCAGAGCACAGAGCCGUCGUUUGCUUCCCUCAGUGCCCCAUCGCAGAGCGAGGCGAAAGCAGGGGUGGCGCGGUCUCUCCUGGUCUCGAAAACAGCGUCCCUAGGCGGGAGGGGCACGUCUUUCGCACUAAAAACCUCCAGUCUUGGGAAGCACCCAGCAAUCUGGAUGCACGUGACCGCACAACCUGCGGGAACCCACGCGCCGCAGACGCGUCUCAGCAUCCCAAUCGGCUGUUCGGAAUCGUCAGACCGGAAGCCAAGGCGCCCUCUUCCGCCACCAGCCGGAAGUGUCCCUAGACUCAAGGUUAAAGGGCUCCCGCUGGCUCUGCUGGGUAGCCGGGGUUACCAUGGCGGCCUCUUUGAUCGGGAAGAAGAUCGUGUUUGUCACGGGGAACGCCAAGAAGCUGGAAGAGGUCAUUCAGAUUCUAGGAGAUAAGUUUCCAUGCACUUUGGUGGCACAGAAGAUUGACCUGCCAGAGUACCAGGGGGAGCCAGAUGAGAUUUCCAUACAGAAGUGUCGGGAGGCAGCUCGCCAGGUAAAGGGGCCUGUACUGGUGGAGGAUACCUGUCUGUGCUUCAACGCCCUCGGAGGGCUCCCUGGCCCCUACAUAAAGUGGUUUCUGGAGAAGCUAAAGCCUGAAGGUCUCCACCAGCUCCUGGCCGGCCACAAGGACAAGUCAGCCUAUGCGCUUUGCACGUUUGCGUUGAGCCUUGGGGACCCCAGUGAACCGGUGCUCCUCUUCACGGGCCGGACCUCGGGCCAGAUCGUGGAGCCCCGAGGCUGCCGGGACUUUGGCUGGGACCCCUGCUUUCAGCCUGAUGGAUAUGAGCAGACGUAUGCAGAGAUGCCCAAGGCUGAGAAGAAUGCCAUCUCCCACCGCUCCCGGGCUCUGCGCAAGCUUCAAGAGUACUUUGACAGCUUGACCUCUCCUGGGGCUGCACAAGGCCACUCGGGCCAGGGGGCUGGGGAGGGCUAGCCUGAGACCUCCCCCAGCCGGCAGGCACCCCUCAAAGUACUGCUUUCAGGGUUCCCCCUUCCUGGGGGUGUCGAGGCAGCCUCACCAGUGCUGUGUGAAGGAGCAGCUGGCUCUGCUUAGAGGAAGUUUGGGCAGAUUGACACCGUCCUCUUGCCCUCAAGGAUUCAAUGAUCUCCCUACAGCCUCCAGGCCUGGGAACCUGAAGAGACCUUGGGUGUUAAAACUGGCCUUGGCAGGAUUGAGCAUUUGGGAAAUAACCAUGCAAACAGCCUUAGAUGUUUUUAAAAUGCAGCAAAUAAAAUUUCUGAAUGGUUCAUGUUUCCAAAAUAAACCAGGUUUAUCUGU